CAACAUUGGGUUUGCAACUAGCUUUAUGAAUACAAAUCUUAAAAAAAUCCCACUUGGUCCUUGAUUUCGAUCAAGAUGACAACUAGUAUCACAUUAAGUUGGCUUCAAAAGCCAAUCCGCUGGGAGCCGCAACAAAAGUUUGUUUUUUCAAGGGAUCAUUUGGUUCAUGCGGAAGAAAGGGAUUUUGUAGGACCCUGUUCCGAAGCGGUUUGCGCUGUGGAAGUUUGGUCUAGACAGCGGUUGGUGGUUACAUGACAGACAGACAUGAUGUAGCCGAAUAUCAACCAGGCCUUAGUAGCAAUGUAUACAGAAUACGAUAUCUGUUUAAUUUCGCACCUAUCCUUCUCCGCUGUGCCCAGUGACAGAAUUGUAUUCACUCUUGUGGUUGUUGUUGUCGUUGCAGUAGGAGUUAAAAUAUUUGCUUUGCGCGGCGGUGUGGUCCGUCAUCUCAAUAUUUGGCAGAAAAUUUGGACUGAGCCUCACCCACGCCAACGCCAGCACAUCUCACAACUGCCACUUGCCGACCUCACCUCACCAUCCAUCCGCUCACACGAUACCAACCUCCCGUUCUUGACUCUUGCUGGCCUUAGCUCUAUAGGCAAGGCUACUUUUAAUUAUUUAUUCUUGUUCAUCUUCAUCGUCAUUCUCUUAUUCGAAGGUACGUUGCUACCCUUCUUCCGGCACAUGCAUGCAGCCAUUUCUUCAACAACCCCCCCCCAUUUCCCCCCAUUCACGUCAGCAUCCUAAAUAGCCCGCCCCCCUUGCAUCUUCAACCACACCUCUUUCCCAUGCGCCCUGUUCGUAUACCGAUAUACCAUUUUUGCAUAGCGCAUGGCCGCCUCGUCCAUAUUUCUAUGCUCUAUUCCUAUCCAACACGUUUACGAUAUCCUCGAAAUUCCCCACGAUCUUAGUGCCACCAUAAUACCCAUAUCUCCCUCUGUACACCUCGCAUCCCGUGCUUGAUACUUUGCAAAAUUAUCGUUAUUUUGCGGAUAGCAACAUUUGCGCAUAGAUUCUCGGAUUCAGAAGCAUACUUGGGGAUCAAAAGAAAAAGAAAAAGUUUCAAAAAAUAGAGAAGUCGCCGACACAUCACCUCGCAUUUUCCCUGACGUCAAUGAAGUAUCGUUCCCGUUUUUGUCUCUGGUAUAAUUAUAACUCAUCAUGUUCUGGCGUUUUGGCGGAUAUGCAAAUAUCUCCGCCAUCGAUACCCUCCUUGAGAAGCCAGAUGUCUCCCUCGAGGAAGUUCUCGAUGAGUCGGAGCUUAUGCAAGAGCUCAAACAGCAUAAUACAAAACUCAUAGAAUAUCUACGUGACGAUAAUGUCUUGAAACGAUUGCUCGACUACGUAAUUUCGCCCAGUCUGAUAGAUGACGAAGAUGACCACGAUGACGGUGCGCAAGAAGAAAAGGAGAGGGAUAGGGAGGGAGAAUCAGCGGAAGGUCAAGAGGCGGCAGUGACUGCGGAUUCAUCGGAGAAAGCCAAGGAAGAGGGACAAGAGCACGCCGACGAUAAUCCCACUCGUUUAAGUUCCGGUCUCGACAUCGAAGAGCUAGAAAAUGCGGAGAAGUCACGUUUGAAAUAUUGCUACAUUGCUUGCGAAAUCUUGUCGUCCAACUCCUGGUCGAUCAUAGAAUCGAUGAUGCUCAAUGAAGGAUAUCUGCGGGACUUCUGGCGCUUCUUGUGGAGGGAAGCGCCGCUUGAUCCACUCCAAUCCGGGUACUUUACCAAGGUGAAUGAAGUUCUUCUUGAAAAAAAGACAGAAGAAAUGCUCGCUUUCAUCAAGUCUUUAGAUGGUGUAGUGCCCACGCUCCUUCGACAUGUGGAUAACCCAAUGAUUAUGGAUUUGCUUCUGAAGAUUAUAAGCCUUGAAAGGAUGGAGGGUGGCCAGGGCGUUGUUGAGUGGCUGCAAUCACAGGACCUGAUACCAUCCCUGUUGUCUUGCCUCUCAACGGAGCAUACCUCUUCGACUCAGACAUCCGCCGGUGAUUUUUUGAAAGCAAUCAUCACAAUUUCUGCCAACGCGGCGCAAAAUGACCAGUCUUGUAUCGGACCCAACAGCUUGACGCGCCAACUAGUUUCCCAGCCCUGCGUGGAAGUUCUAAUAUCUUCAAUGUUAAAGGGUGGAAACCCGCUUACUGUCGGAGUUGGGAUUGUUAUUGAAGUGAUCCGCAAGAACAACUCUGAUUACGACCCGGAAAAUGCUGGUGGCCCGGACUCACCCCCAACGAUUCAUGAUCCUAUAUACCUUGGGACUCUCUUGCGCAUGUUUGCGAAGAAUGUGCCUGGUUUUAUGAACCUGAUACUCAGUUCACAACACACAGUGAACGAAGGUGGUCAGCACAAAGUUGUUGAAAGACCCCGUCUCGACAGCGCCUGGGGAACUAGUAUUGAACCCUUGGGGUUUGACAGAUUCAAGACGUGCGAACUAAUGGCCGAACUUCUCCAUUGUAGUAAUAUGGGUUUAUUGAAUGAAAUUGGAAGCGAUGAAUAUAUCAGGAAACGUGAUGCAGAGCGUGAACGUCUACGAGCACAAGGUGUCUUCACCCACGGUGAGGAUGACUCGGGUUUUGAAUAUGCUGACAACACGAAUGAGUUCGCAAAUGGUAUCUCCCCAUCUGCACUUGGUUCCGGCUCGCCUGAGGAUAUCAAACGGCUUGACGCGUCUCAGGCUGGUGAAGAGGAUGGUUUCGAAGAUGUUGCUUCAUCCGGAGUAUUGAUAGACGAUGUCAAGGAUGAUUUCGACGAGAAGGCUGAAGGGGAAAACAACGCGAAAGCUGGGCCUGAACCGUUUACAAGUAUCCCACCACAUGCACCUAAAUUAGGCAUUAGCGAUGACUUUGUAGAUGAACCGCUAACCCCACCGGAACAAGGGACCUCCCUGGAUGCAAAGGUUAUUCAGCCUCUUUCUCCAUCUCAAGCUAACGACCCUUUAUCACCUACCGCAUCCAUCCUCACCCAAAAAGUUGAAAGCUUCAAGAUUGACGCCGAACAACAGCAUAGCCCUAAUGAGAAGCAUGCCUCCUCCCCUCGGACUGAAGUUCCCACUCUUGGCCUGCCCGAAGGUCAACUUUCGGAAAAACAAGGUGGUAGUCAAGGAGAUCAUGAACUGGAUUCAUUGCUAUCUCCGCACCUAGAGGAUACACCUGCACCGCUAUUCGCCGCAAAAGACUCUCCGCCAAAAGGGGAAACACAACCACCUGGCCAGGAAGGGACUGACGGGAAGGUGGAAACUUCAACUACCUUCGAUAAUAGUGGCGUAACUAGUUCUCUAACCCCGUCGAUAACAAUGGGCGAUGCUGGAGAGAACGUUGCACACCCACAUAUCCAAAUAGAUACCGACGGUCAGCCAGUGGUAGGGGAUUAUCUGAAGAUAAUGUUUGUAGAACAUAAAGUCAUACCCACGAUACUGUCAUUCUUUUUCCGAUUUGCAUGGAACAACUUCCUCCAUAACGUGGUAUAUGAUGUUGUUCAACAAGUAUUCAACGGCCCGAUGGAUCGUGGCUUCAACCGGUCCUUAGCCAUUGACCUAUUCGAAUCGGGCCAUAUCACGGAACAGAUUGUUCAGGGCCAACGUCGAAGUGACGAAGCACAACGGACGAAAAACAUGAGAUUAGGAUACAUGGGCCAUCUAACUCUCAUCGCAGAGGAAGUCGUAAAGUUCAGCGAACGCCAUCCUCCUGAAUUGUUGUCUGCGACGGUAAUGGAGAAUGUCCUCCACCCUGAUUGGAUUGAUUAUGUGGAACGAACUCUGUCUGAAACCAGAGAACGGGAUAACGCAAUUUUGGGGGGUGUUAGGCCCGAUAUGUCCAUUGGCCAUCGACAGGCGGUCCUUAAUGCAGUCAACGCCUCACAGGGAUUCACGGCCUCAACGGCCUUAGCCAACGCCGGUUUGAACGGAGGGGCCCCCGGUGCAACAUUCGAAGGGUUGGACAUUGUUAAUCAAGGUAGUGCCUCGGGUGGUGCGUUUUUCGGCGGAAUUGGCGGCCCCUCCUUGCUCAGUGGAUUUGGAAGCUCGAGCGAUGACGAGGAUGAAGAAAUGGAGGACCCAGAAUAUGAAGAUGGUGCGAGAAAAGGCCCCUCAACUAGCGCAGAGAGCGGCUCUGAUAAUGUGGGUAAAUCUUUCUUUCAGGACAUUGAUAUGACCGACCGAUGAUGGCAACCUUUUACCAACAAACCUCGUUUCAUGCUGCCGAACUCGAUGUUUUGGAGCGGUGUGUUGGUGACAUAUGGGCUACUACUGUACUUUUGUAGCCUCCAUGGCACAUUGUAUGGCACCUUGGCAUGAGGUCGUUCACGGUCGUUUAUAUCGAGCGAUUUUAUUUUCAUUCUUAAGGCUCCAUAUUUUUGCACAAGGCGCUAUCUCAAAUAUGUAUAGACACCAAGGCUGCUUGCUCGCCAUUCCUAGACCUUCAUACCACAAUUAUCUUUGUUCCCAUUGGAUCAGAUACUUCUUCUGGCUACAUUAGGUGGUUGUUGAUUACUCUGAUCUUUUCUCAUCCUAUUUCCCAAAUCCUUACAACAAAAAUUCUCUAAUUGUUGGUACUCAAGUCUUGAGGAUUUGAUUAAGGAUAGUAUACUGAUGGUUACCCUAACUUCGCUUCUCUACUUUUAUUUUUAGCGCCCGGGUUGUAUUUCUGAAGGAACAGGAGCAUUAAGCAACACCUAACUUCCGUUGUGCAUUAUCGCUAACCAAUUCUAUUUAACCUUACAGGAAAGCUCCCAUGCGACAAGCCAACCGAUCCCCAUGCUAUCACCGCCUGCGCCUUUGAACAUUCCACCAUCCCGAGCUCGACUUCAACUAGCCGCACGCUUAGCAGCUCAAAAGGAACGGGCUGAAGCCGCCAUUUCAUCGCCUUCCUCGGGCGACAUUUCUAAGCAGACUGAAGCUCCCUCUUCAAGCAACAGUGGCCAAUCAGUGAACUACGGUUUUGGCCUUCAAUCUAUCCUAGAUAGCUUCGGAUCGCACGCGCAGAGGAAUGAGGGAUUUGACUCGUCAGCAGUGGGAAAUACGUCGCCUUACGACCCAUUUACUUCCCCCUUUGCGACAUACGGAGGGCCGUCAUCCCCUCCAUCUUUCCUGUCUAACUUUCCCCAAGUUCACUCGUAUUCGUCCAACUCGUCCGACGACGGCGACGACCCGUCGACCGAAGAAGCGGUACAACGGAAAGUUCGACUUCCGUUAGAGGUAGAUGAUGAAGACGCGGAUGAGAUGGGUGAUAUAAUCGGGCCUAAUGCGGAGCUUGUCUCAGCUUACUCCGACGAGGAGGACGAGACGCUGGUUGGAGAGCCGUUGGCUUAUUCCAACUUCUUCGGAAGCGUACCCUUUGGUAGUAGUGCAUCGGGGUCUAGGUUCCGGGGUGCCGGUGUUGAUAUUCUGCAUGGCUCAGAAGAUCGACAUGACAGCAGCGAUGGCGAGGAGGAUGAUGGCCUUGUAGAGAUUUUGGUACCGGGAAGGAAAUAAUGAUCCAUUUCCUUUUGGCAUAUAUGACUGUCUUACGCGUUUGAUGCAUUCCGCCCCUGUUUUUUCUUUCUUUCUUUCUUUCUUUCUUUC